GACAGUUCAAGAUGGCGACUAGAAUGAAAGUGACCUCCAGUGUCAUAGAACAGUUUGUCAAUGUUACAGGAGCCUCUAAAGAGAUUGCAAGAUCAAUGCUGGAAGCUUGUAAUGGAAACUUGGAAAUGGCGAUCGAAAUGCACUUAGAUUCGUGCGAGGUUCCCGAAUCAGGAGUCUCGGGUGCUAGUUCUUCCGCGACCAGAUUAAAUUUUGCAGCUGGGUCUUCAAGUAAUUCUCAUCAGUAAGUUGUGAUUUGAAAUAUUUUUAUCAAACAUUGUCUCCGAUGCCUUAACUUUACGUACCAUAGCAGUUUCUAGUGAGAAUUCAUCAAGACAUUAUCUGGAACUUAAAAAAAUUAUCCCACGGUCAAAUCGACUUUUAGAAUUGAUGUCUUACAAGCUUAGCAGCCUCACAGAUUAUGGAUUACUCAGUAAAAUGAAAAUUUCCCAAUAAUCUCAAUUCUUUUUGCUAAGUUUUGUUCUGAAUACAACGACACAUUGGUGUUACUAAAUUACUUGGUUGGAGUAGUGCGUUCAGUCAUUUUGCUUUAAAACGAUCGAUCACGAGAGGUCUUAUUUUUAAAUCCCAUGUCAUUAAACACCUAUCUGUGACAAAAUAUUUUGUUUGCACCAAUAAAUUAGUUUUUUGAUGUGCUUCAAAACAUGUGGACCAGUUUUUGUCAUGAAAUUAGAAUUACAGUCAAUAAGUGCUUGAUUAUUAUAAAUGUCCUUUUUAAAACUCAAGAUAUUUAGAUUUGUUCUAUAUUUAUUAUUAUUAUUAUUAAAUUUAUAAAUUAUUUAUUGUUAUUAUUAUUUAAUUAAAAUUACAGGCAGUAAAUGCUUGGUUAUUAUAAAUGUCCUUUUUAGAACUCAAGAUAUUUAGAUUUCUUUAUUUUUUACUAUGAUUAACGUUGUUAUUAUUAUUAUUAUUAUUAUUUUAUCAGAAAUGUUGAUGAUGUACGAGCUCCUAUUCCUCAGACUCAUGGUAUUCUAGUAGAACCAUUUCAAGGUAUGAAUUUUUAAAUAAUGCAUGAAGGUUGCAAGAAUAUGGCAAAAUUUAUUUAUUUAUCUGAUUUAAUGAGUUAUUAAUUUAUUUUUCUUUUCAAAUUUUUUUUCAGCAUAUCCAACCAGAAAACGACAAGCUAAAUCAGUGUUUGAUGCAUUCCGAGAUUUUCAAGCUGAAGCAAGUAAGCAGCUAGAGAGAAUGAAUGCUUGCUUUUUAUUUUUCACCUUCUCUACCAAACCCCAACAGACUUUUCCUUGAUGUGCUUUUGUAAUGGUACAAAUGCUGGAUUAGUGUUUUCAUUUAUUUUUUAUAGCUUAAAUAAAUAUUGGAUUAAUAUUUUUAUUUAUUUGUACAAACUCUAAUAUUGGAUUUAUAUUGUCUUGUAGGACAACAAGAAAGUGCUAGCACUUCCUCUGUCAUGACAGGAAAGAAGAAAACACUACAUGAUUUAUUCCGCCCACCAAUUGAUCUCCUACACAAAGGAACAUUUGAGACUGUAAGUUUAUUUGUUCCAAUAUUUUCAGGUUAGCCCAGCAUUUUUUUUUCAAUCUUUUCUUGUUUUCAUUUUUCUUUUUUUCCAAGAACUAGUCUUUAUUACAGAAAGAUUCUGUGCAAGUUGAAUAAUUGUCCUGAUCCAAAACCUGGCACAAAGUCCUCAACUGUAAAUUAGACCCAGGGUUUUGGUGAUUUCAUAUAUUUUCACUUUUAAGUGAACUCUUCACCACUCUGAAGAUCCCAUGAGUAAUUCUCCUUACUCUCUACCAUAAAAUUCUUAUAAUGUUAGUUUGGAGAAUUUGGUAUUGGAUCAACUCAUAAUCCCCUAAUUUAUAUUUUUCUUUAUUCUCAUCACUUAUCUGUUUGAUAUUGUAAUGACAUUGUGAGGAGAAAUUCUAUCUUGGUCACUCAUGGGAGUUUAAGGGCUGAAAAAACCCUGGUUUUAUCAACCAUUGCCAUAAUAAUGAAAAUGAAUCCUUUUUUACAAAGGAAAAAUGAAAGAUGUUGGUAUCAUUUCCCCUUUUCAUUUUUCUUGUUGUCAUUUCUUGUUGUUAUAUAAAUGAUAGGCUAAAGUUGAUGGCCAGCAUCAUAGUAAGUGGUUGUUAGUGAAUGUCCAGGAUGUGCGAGAAUUUUCAUGUCAGCAGUUAAACAGGGACGUGUGGAGUAAUGAGGCAGUGAGAAAUAUUAUCAAGGAGCGCUUUGUUCUUUGGCAGGUAACAUAAUCUCAGUUAUAUUUACCUAUUUUUUAUCUGUAAGUGAAUUCUCUUAAAUGUUGGCCAUUCAUUUUGGUCUACCUCUUUUGCAAUAAAUAUGUAAUGGACAGCUGUUCUUUACAGGGAGACAUCCUCAGUUGCCCAAAUUUUAAAGGAAAAAUGUAUCAAGGAGUUUUAAAUCAGUAUUCUUUGAUAUUUAAACUAUGUUAAGUAAUUGAUUUGGUGAAAAAAAAAUGCACUAAUCAAUAAAAUCUAUUCUUUCCUUAGGUAUAUAGAGACAGUAAUGAGGGAGAUCGCUUUAUCCAGUUCUAUCAUGUGACAAAAUAUCCCUUUUUAGCUGUUCUUGAUCCUAGGACAGGUUAGCUUUACUUUGGUUUGUGAUAACUUGUACUUAUCAUUUAUUCUUGACAUACUAUUUUAAAAAACAAGUGCAAGGGUUUCAUCAGGGUUUCCAAACCCGAGAAAAAUGAGGAAAGCAUGAGGCUGCAGGCCAAGUGCUUUCAUUUUUUUCGAGUGUUUGGUAACUGAUGAAACCCUCACACUGGUUUUUGAAAUAGCUCCUCAAUCAUGCCUCAGGAAUAAAAGAAAAUGGAAAUAUUCAUGAAUUUUUCACAUGUUACUGGCAAGUUUGUUGUUAUGAAAAAUUGUAUUGUUAUGGUGAUUUGCAUUUUGAGAAAGGGUGUGAACCAUGUUAUCAUGUUUUGGGCAAUUUAAAUAAGUGAGUGAAUGUGAUGAUGUUUUCUUUAGGAAAUGUCUUGUGAGAGAGAGUGUGUUAAUAAAGGUUGUUUGUUCAUGUUGGUGUCUUUGUUUUAAGUAUUCAAGUAUGUGUUAUAAAUAUUCAAAUUAAGAAAUAAGUUCACUAGAGUUUGAUGCUUUAUUAAACUCAAGGGUUUGUUUUUAUAUGAAACUCUUGGACUGUACGUCAUUCCAGUGUUUCACUGUGGUUUCAAACCACAUGCACAUGACAAAAUUUGGCAUGUCUUGGUUGGAUGAUCAUCUUAUCAAUGAUUAACAAGUUUAAGAAAAAGAUUUUAAAGUUUACUUUCUAAUUCAACUAAUCCUUUCCAGGGGAGAAACUGGUAGAAUGGGGUUACAUGGAUGCUCAGGCAUUUUGUGAAUGUGGUAUGUGUUUCUAAAGUUUAAAUAAUUACUCAAUUUCUUGGAAGGAACUCUUUUUAUACUUUUUCUAUACUUUUUUUUGAACCUUUUUUAUUUUUCUCUUAAUUUUUCAUCAAUUAUAUCCUCUAGCGGCAGAAUUUCUUUUACAACAUCCUUCUCUUGAAGGAGACACUCCACCAGCCAAGAAAAGAAGAAGUGUAAGUGACUUUGGUGUUAUUCAAAGAUAUUUACUUGAUGAAGGUUUUUUUUUUCAGUUGAAUCACAUGCUAAUCCAUAUUCUGUUUUUUAUUGUUGUUUUGUGUUUUCUGUGUUUUUUUUUUUUUUUUUUUUCUCUGAGAUAAUGAAUGAAUGCUUAGCAUUAAGCGAGCUGGUAAAGCCUUGGUUAGGUUGGUGUGUUGUGUUCUUACCCUCAGAGUGUCUCUCCAUCCAGGAGUAAGGAUGGGUAUAAGGAAAACUCUUAAUGAAACUUGAUAUAUCAGUGGAGAAUUUCUGAAAUUGGACUAACAUCCCAUUCAGAUAAAAGAUUAAGUCAGCCCUUGAGCAACACUGUCAGAGCUUGUCCUAGUCUCCCUUAUGUGAAGUAACUAGUAGAAAUGCUAUUCCCCACAGUCCUUUGCAGCUUUCCCCACCUCAAACACUUCACCAGACUUCCCUCACUUUUCACUGGCACACUGAUCAUAAGACCACCAUUUAGAAAAAGCAAUUCUCCUAGUAACUUCAUGCCAAAGAAACUAAGGUAGGUUCCAACAGGGUGGACCACGUGGUUCAUAGGACUUAACCAAGCCUUUAACCUUCUGUCUAUUUUUUUGUAUUUUUUUGUGUGUAUCUUUAGGAAUCAAUCGUAGAUGCCUCUGAAGAUUCGCAGCUUCGUGCUGCCAUAGCAGCAUCAUUACAGUGCACCAAAUUUGAAACCAAAAAUGACGAGAACAGCGAGGAUGAUGACGAAGAUUUUGAGGAUUUAGAAUUUAGUGGUUCAGAUUCUGACGAGGAACACAAAACACCAGCAAAGAAUGUAAACAAUUCAAGUACUGUUGAUAAAAAAGAUGUGAAAAGAGGAAUAAACUUCGAUGAGCCUUCCAAUAAUGGCGAAGGAACUUGUAUCAAAGGGAAGGAAUCGCCGGAAAGUGAACUCUUGAAAAGUAAUGACUCAGUAAAGAGGAAAAAUAGCACAGGAGUUGAAGAAAGUGCGCAAAAUAAUUUGGAGAAAACAGAGGAAGUUAGGGAAACUGAAUCUGAAGCUAAGGAAACAGACAACACUUCAAACCUGAGAACACAAGAGCAGGCUGGUAAGAGGCACUGAUAGAGAACUGAAAUCUCCUUACAAAUGUUCUUACGUUUUUUUCCUGUUGGUGUUGAGAAUUUAGUGGUCAGUCAAAACAGCAAAAUUAAUUAAUGUAGUCAACAACACGUUUACUUAAUUAAUUCAAUUACUCAUUAAUUCAGACUUGACGAAUUCUUAACGAAAAGAAAUUGCAGAUAUUUAUGCGUAGGAAAAAGUAUUUUUCAGUUUUGACGUAAAGAUUCGACAACAACGCGUCCUGAUUGGGUUCCGAAAGGGAAUUCAUGGAAGAAGCGGAAAUGGCAGAUGCAUGCAUGUUUAAUGUUAACGUAUAUUACAAUUUCGACAGUUGCGCGUUUUAAGAUUAUCUUCGCGUCCUGAUCACGCACUGAUUACGUUCAGAAAGGAUCUCAUAGAAGGAAUGGAAAUAGCAGAUGCAUGCUUAUUGGUAACACAUUUAGCAAAUUCGAUUACGGGGCGUCUUUUUGAGCAUCACCGCGUCGUAACCGCGUUCUGAUCGCAUUCUGUCCGCAACCUGAAAAUCCAGACACCUCAUGCACCAGCGAUGGAAAGUAGUUUAUCAAUGAAAUUCGUGCACUCUUGCUUCCACUUUCACGUCGCCUCUUCUUUGCUAAACAAUUCCGCCAUCCACUUACUGACUUCCGUUCUGUAUUUUUCAUUGCAGGACCUAUGUGUAAUAUUAUGGUCCGUUUUCCGAAUGGCUCUCGUACCCACAUCUCUCUAAGUGCCGAGUCAUCUUUAAAGGUGAGGUCUGAACAAAGACAAGAUUUUAAGCUUGUUAAAAAAUUAACCCGCAGAACAGAUGCUUUCCCUUCACUUUAACUAGUUACUCUAAUUUUUGUCGGUGCAUUUCUACAAGCUGCGCUUUUCAAAUCUGAAGAUGCAUCUUUGAAUUUUUGAAGGGUACAACUGUAUUCGAAGAAGGGAAAACCAGUGUGCGUUCAAAGUGCAUCGUGUAGCGUGUAGGAUAAACCGUGUUCUCUCUCGUCGCUUCGUAAACCAUCGCCUAUGGAGAUCGAUGCAAAAGUUUCUCUAAUGUACGUUUUAUUCUGACGGACUUAAUUAAUGAUCUUGAUUCGGUAACUUCGCAAUUUUUUUUCACAGGAUCUCGUCUUGUUGGUACAGAAAGAGGGUUACCCCAAUGAACGUUACGAACUCGUCACCAACUUUCCACGGAGGAAAUUGUCCAGCCUGGAUUUCGGGACGACUCUUAAAGCUGCGGGACUAUUCCCGCAAGAAACAGUUUUUGUUCAAGAGAGAUGACGAGUGUUAAAACUCUUCACCCGAUAAAGAGCGCGAUACGAAGAGGUGAAGACGCCAACAGAUCGGGCCCACGAAGAUAGAACGAACACUGCCGAAGAAUAUAAAUUAAACGUACACAGGCCUUGACGAGACUAUCUUUACAAUGUAAACGUCAAAUGUCGAGACAUAAUUGAGUGCGCGAGUGUUGAGUUUCAGUUUAAGAUGUACAAAGAGAGUAGAUCAUCAAGAAACAUUUGGU